UCACGAACGUGAUCAAGGGAAGACACGAUCACGAACGUGACCUCGACGCUGGAGAAGAUUGUCGUGACGAAGCAUCACGAUGAAGAAAAUCAUAACGACGACGAAGAUCAUCACGACGACGAAGAGCAUACGACGACGAAGUUCCAUCGGGCCGCAGGCUGAGUCACAUGUGCGGGCCCAGUUUGAUCUGCGGAAAGCCCAGGCAGACCUGGACGCAGCUCAAACUGACACCGACCUAUUGAAGGUUCAAGAGUUCAUUAUCCAGUGCCGUAAAGCACUAGAUGUGUUCAUCUGUCAGCAGUUUGACGACAUUGCGAAUGGCAGAAAUGCCAAAAAUGAUGUGGUGGUCACGAAACAGACGAUUGAUGAGAACAUCCGCCAAUUGGAAGAAGCUCUUGAAAAAGAGAAAACCCGUAAGGCAGAGAUGAUAAAGAAAAAAAAACAAGAUGAACAGCAAGCAAAACAAGAACAAGAAGUCAGACAACAUGUGGUAACUGUGGCAGGAGAAGAACAGGUUGUGGCACUGAACCAACUGGUUGAGUACCUUGCUCACUUGGAGACAAGGCUCGACCAUUUUGAAGCAAAGUUGGAAGAAUUGACCGUAGGAUUGAAGAAUGUGACUAACUUGGUCAAAGGAAAGGAAAAAGAGGUUCGGAAGGAACAACCUGAGAAGAAACUGAUGAGUGAUGCUAUGAAAGAUCUCAGGGUCAAAGUAAAGGAGGGAGAGUCAUCUGGGCCUCCUUCACCGACGCCACCAUUAAGUCCACCAUCCAGUCCUCACCCAUCAGGGGGAAAGAAAGACAAAGAAGAGAAAACUGAGAAGCCAAAGAAGAAGGAAAAGGUAAAGAUGAGAUUGCCUUUUACGUUUAGCAACAAGAAAGACGAACAUUUGCUUGUUUGGAUCGCCGAGAUACAGACGCACUGUAGUACGACGCCUGUUGCAGAAGAGUCUCAGGCCACAUUCUCUACAUCUUGCUUGGGAGGAGAAGCAAAGCAGUGGGUCUUAGCUGAGGCUAACGCGACAGGUUUCGACGACAUCGGUAAGUGGUCCGGAACAAUGACUCUAAAGCAGUUCCUUGAUAAGAUCAAGGAACGCUUUCGUGAUAAGACGACGACCGAUAAGGCCUUCGACCAACUUACUACGAUUGGACAGAAACACUGGACGUCUGUGGAGGCUUUGUCUGGCGAGGUCGAUCGCUUGUUGCAAGUACCGGGCUUAAAUCUGCAGGAUGAUCAGGUCCUGUAUAUUUAUGCCCGGGCCUUACCUGAACCCAUACGAAGUCAGUUAGUGGCCGACUCAAAGUCAGGUAAGUAUAAGUACCAACAGUUUCGCGAUCUGGCUUUCCAGAGAGAGCAAAUGACUUCUCAAGUUAAACAGUCGUAUGCAUCUGUGGUGAAAUCUGGUGGUAAUGCAGGAGCAGGUGCAAGAUAUGGUAAGCGAGUCCUUUGGCGCCAAAAGCGUCAGGACCACAUGCUUGUCGUCUUUGACGACGACACAGUGGAAAAGCUACCGUUAGAGGAAGAAGGAGUUCCUAGCAACAGUGAGUCAGGAAAGGGGGACGUCACUGCUGCCGUGGUCAACAAAGGAGGACCACGAGGUCCGUAUCGAGGGAGGAAACCACGCUCGUUUCCUGCGCACCCAGGUAUCGCGGCAUUCAAUCCGUGGGAGAAAAUGGAGAUUGACCAAAAGACCUGGUAGGAUAGGAUGGACAACGCGCAGUGUUUGAAGUGUGGAAAAGAGGGACACAUCAUUGCAUGGUGUCCACUCAUCCGACACCCAAAAGCGAGCCGCCAGUAGGAGUAGCAUCUGCUCCUACUGAGUUGAAGAAGUUAGACGAUGAGAAAGGUAAGGCGCCUACUAACCCUUUCACUUCUUCGACUCGCGUGGCAGAGGAUGGUUGUUCUCCGGCCCAUCAUCCAGAUCACCCUGAACCUGUCUUAUGUUCUGUCUCUCUGGAUGACUCCUUUGAUAAGCUUGGUAAUGAUUUGCUGACACUACGAAGCUCAUGGGCAAAGAAAGCAAAGUCUAAGGGUGAACUAUUACUCGCGGAUGUAGAGAUCGCACACGAACGGACGGGUGCACUUUUAGACUCAGGAUCUACACGAUUCCACAUUUCUGAGAGAGCUAUUCGCAAGCUUCAUCUUGGAAUGAAGGUAAAAUGUUUAG